CAGUGCCUCAGUGCCCUAACGAGGACGUGCCCUUGCCCUCCCCAGAGGGUUCUGGCAAGCUCUCCUUGGGUUUCCCAGCAACUGGGGCAAAGAGUGCCUGCCCCAGUCCCUGAGCACAGCACUGCUGUGGGGUGGGGCACAGGGUGACAGCCAGCACACAGCUCACAGCUGUGCCUGCCUCCAGUGCUUGUGCUCUCAGCACCACCAGCAGCAGAGAAAUGUGCAGCCCCUGCCUGCCCUGGAAAGCACUGCUUGUCCUGAGUUUAGCAGGUCUGCUUGCAGAUUUCACUGACAUUGGAGCUUUGGCUGGUCUGAGUGAAUGUGAGAGUGCAACCAUAGAUGAUGUGAAUGAGAGUCUCAAGAAAUAUUCAAAAUGCUUGCCUGAUAUGAUUGCCAAGGGUGAAAAAGCUUCAAUCAAUUUCCUGGCAUGGACACUGCAAGAAGCACUGGACCUGCUGCGCCCUGCUCAAGAGCAGUUUUGCAAGCAACUAACUCCGUGCCCUCGCCCAGUGGCCCCAAAAAACGGGGGGCUGGUGUGUGUGACCAUUGACAGCACUCAGUACUGCAAACCCAUGUGCAACAAGGGUUAUGACUUCGAGUUCCUCAGAAGAAGCAGGCUGUAUGAAGUGUGUGGCAAUGCCACUGGGUUUUCCUGGACCACACAGCUCAUCGGGGGAAAGGCACUGGCUGUCUGCAACCCCUCUGAGAUGGCCAUCAGUGGAGCUAAAUCUGCCUAUUUCCCCAGCAACAGCACCUGUGUGCACACACUUGCCUCCCCUGAGGCUCAGGCAGAGCAGCUGAACAUCUUCCUCAAGGAGAUUGGAGAGCAAGGAGUGGAUGUCUCCAUCCGGGACCAGGGGGCAGAUUGCAUCCUCUGUGGUUACUGAGCACAGCCCAGCCUGCUGCACUUGGGCUGCAGAGCAGAGCAGGGAAAUCAUGGCUCACACAUGUGAACACACAGCUUUCAUCUGGCUGGAGAUGACAGCCAUGACCUCAGCUUUGGGGUGUGGAUAUGUAGGCUGAACCUGAUCCCACAGCUCAUGGCAGAAGAGUUUCAAAGAAAGACCACUUUUAUGGCUUAAAUUUGUCUAGCUGGAAUUAAAUAAGAAUAAAAGUUUUUUAAUUGAUGCCUUCCUAUUGGCUUAACUUCUUCAGGAACUCUAAGGUAGUGCUAACACUGAUUUAUCAGAAAUUGUCCUGUGUCAGGGGUGAUCCUUACUGAGAAAGGGCCAUAAUUCUAUUCACUUUUACAGCUCCCAGUUAAUCACUGUUAUUGCUCUGAUGAGCAUUAAAGCUGUGUAAGUGACAACA